AUGGAAUCUUUGAAGCUGUUGUCCUUACUGCGAGAAUGCACAAAUGCCAAGUCUCUAAGACAAGCCAAGCUUGUUCACCAGAGAAUACUCGCGGUUGGGUUGCGGAGCGACGUCGUUUUGUGCAAAAGUCUCAUCAAUGUCUACUUCGCUUGCAAGGAUCAUUCCUCGGCGAGACUCGUUUUCGAGAACGUCGACGUCCAAUCGGAUGUCUACAUCUGGAACUCCCUCGUCUCUGGUUACGCGAAGAGCUCCAUGUUCCAUGACGUUCUUGACGUUUUCAGGAAAUUGCUGAAUUCUCCGAUUUGCGUCGCUGAUUCUUACACAUACCCGAAUGUGAUCAAGGCCUGUGGUGCGCUGGGUAGAGAGAUUCAUGGUAGAGCGAUCCAUACUCUUCUGGUGAAGAGUGGGCAUGUUUGUGAUGUGGUUGUGGCGAGCUCUUUGGUCACCAUGUACGCGAAGUUUAACUUUUUUGAAAAUGCAGCGAAAGUGUUCGACGAAAUGCCUGAGAGAGAUGUUGCGUCUUGGAACACUGUGAUUUCGUGUUUUUAUCAAAGCGGGAACGCAGAGAAGGCUCUGGAGAUGUUUGGAAAAAUGGAAAGCUCUGGCUUUGAACCGAAUUCGGUGUCGCUGACGGUUGCGAUAUCGGCUUGCUCGAGGCUCUUGUGUUUGGAGAGAGGGAAGGAGAUACACAGAAAGUAUGUGAAGAAAGGGUUUGAGUCGGAUGAGUUUGUGAACUCUGCUCUUGUGGAUAUGUAUGGGAGAUGUGAAUGCUUGGAGAUGGCUAGAGAGGUUUUUCAGCUAAUGCCUAGAAAGAGUUUGGUUGCUUGGAAUGCUAUGAUCAAAGGUUAUGUCGCUAAAGGAGAUAGUAAGUCUUGCGUUGAGCUUUUGAAUAGAAUGGUUAUAGAAGGAACUCGGCCGAGUCAGACAACGUUGACCAGCGUUCUGAUGGCUUGCUCUCGUUCAUCGAAUCUUCUUCAUGGGAAAUUCGUACACGGUUAUGUGAUUAGGAUUGUGGUAGAUGCAGAUAUGUUUAUGAACUGUUCCCUGAUUGAUCUCUACUUCAAAUGUGGUGAGGUAAAGUUGGCGGAAACCGUGUUUUCAAAGACGCAGAAGGAUGUUGCUGAAUCAUGGAAUGUGAUGAUCUCUGGUUAUGUCAGCGUAGGUAAUUGGUUCAAGGCUGUUGAAGUGUAUGACCAAAUGGUGAGUGUUGGAGUGAAGCCAGACGUGGUAACUUUCACAAGUGUUUUACCUGCUUGUUCGCAACUUGCUGCAUUAGAAAAAGGCAAGCGGAUUCAUUUGUCGAUUAGUGAGAGCAGGCUCGAAGCAGACGAGUUGUUGAUGAGUGCACUUCUUGACAUGUAUUCCAAAUGCGGUGAUGUUAAAAGGGCUUCUGAGAUUUUUGAAAGUAUGCCAAAGAAGGAUGUUGUGUCCUGGACAGUAAUGAUCUCUGCGUAUGGAUCUCAUGGUCAACCCAGAGAAGCGCUUUACCAUUUUGAUGAGAUGCAGAAGUUUGGUGUGAGACCUGAUGGGGUUACUUUUCUUGCUGUGUUGUCAGCUUGUGGUCAUGCUGGUUUUAUUGAUGAAGGUGUCGAGUGUUUCAGUCUAAUGAGUUUGAAGUACGGAAUCAAGCCUAGUAGUGAACACUACUCGUGCUUGAUUGACAUUCUUGGCCGAGCAGGUCGGUUGCUUGAAGCUUAUGACCUUCUUCAGCAAAAACCAGAGACAAGAGAUGAUGCGGAGCUUCUCAGAACUCUCUUCUCUGCCUGUUGUGUGCAUCAGGACUAUUCACUGGGAGACAGAAUCGCAAGAUUGCUUGUGGAGAAAUAUCCAGAUGAUGCAUCAACCUACACUGUGUUGUUCAAUUUGUAUGCUUCUGGUGAGUCAUGGGAUGCAGCAAGGCGAGUCAGGUUAAAGAUGAAAGAAAUGGGACUAAGGAAGAAACCUGGCUGCAGCUGGAUUGAGAUUAAUGAACAAGUGUGCCCCUUCUUUGCUGAGGAUUGGUGUCAUCCACAUGGACAACCUAACUCGUCAUUUGAAGGGAAUGCAGGGCUCUUUGUGGUUUUCCUCUCCAAGAAAGUUACUUUGGGAGUAAUGCACCACCAACACAACAAACAAAGGAAAUGA